CACACCAAAAGAAGGAACACAGAAUCUGCCGACUAGACGUCUCACCAUCCACAAUGGCAACUGGGACUAUACAGCAAAUGGAGAUGCUGGAUUACAUAAAUGAGCAACCAAGACAUGGACAGGAAAGGAGCAGGGAUACAAAUCAAACAGAAAGAAGACUCGCUCACCUGCUUUUCCUCAGCUUUGGGGUGCUGUGUAUCAUACAAGCCAUUCUCAAUAUUUCUUUACGCCUUGCUCUGUACUCGAGCAAGGAAUCAUCUCCCUUGGACUGCAACACAACUCAUUUUACUGACCAAAAGAAGGCGGUGGAAAUGAAUUGUGAGGGAAAGAGGCCUGGUUAUCAUUGCAACAGACUACAAGAAAGAUUCAAUGCCUUGACCAGAGACAAAGACAUGCUCGAAAACAGAAACAAUGAACUCAACAACAAGAUAAAGAAGUUGGAGGAGGAGAGGGACAGACUGAAAAUGAUGCUGAAUGGUCUGAAAAAAUCAAGUCUGCGGAUCUUAACUUCUGGGCAGGGUGACGGUGCGUCCUCUCAAAAGUGUCCUGCAGACUGGAGGGAGAUCAACUCCAAAUGUUACUUCCUCUCCAAUGAGCAGAAGACAUGGGGGGAAAGCAGAAAAUACUGUCAGAGAAAUGGAGCUGACCUGGUGGUGAUCGACAGUGAACAGGAACAGGCUGCGUUGUACCGUCUGGAUGGGGAUGCUGAUCUUUUGUUCUGGAUUGGUCUGUAUAACAUCAAUGGGAUCUUUAAAUGGGUGGAUGGAUCUGCACUGACUAAAUCAUUUUGGCAGGAUGGUCAGCCGGGUGACGGUGGUCCCAACAGAGAGGACUGUGUGGAGAUGUAUCACUUCAACCCAUUGAAGGCCAACUGGAAUGAUGCCCCCUGUGGACAAAAGCGGCGCUGGUUGUGUGAGAAAGAUCAGAGUACCAGUUCACACUGUUAGCUGAAGAACAUACGUGUCUGUUCAUGUAAAAUAAUGUGCUUUUGAAGUUCACGUUUAAAAAAAACCCUCUGAAAUAAAGCUGAUUUUAAGCAAUGAUACACCAUAGCAUCUACAAAACUGAAACAUGGGGAAAUAAAAUAAGCAAAUCUGAUUUGAGAAUAAAACACAAUGAAUUUAAUAAAUGUGAACAAACUUUCAGCUACUUUGUGCAACUUGGUGAUGUGUUUGGAUACUGCAGUAUAUUAUAUACACCUUUGUGUAACUUGGAGGUACUGUGUGGUACACAUUAUGCUGUAUGUAUAUAAUGUAUUUUCUGGUAAAUGAUUAUAGUAACUGAGUGGGAACCUCCAUUUGGCUUUGUUAGUGAUAGUUAGCAUAGUAUAUAAAUUCAUAGAAAUAGAAUAUCAAUCAAGAAUCAAUAGUGCAGACUAAUAUAAACAUUGGUUGUCGUAUUUCAUGCAUGUGCUUUAAAGUUAUUGCUUGUAGUGUAUUUCUCUGGGGAGGUUAAUAUGUUAUGUAUAUAUUCUAUAUUAUGUUAUGUGUAAUAUGUGUAUGUAAUAUUUUGUCAGCUGCACACACACAC